UCUUUGAAACUUGGAGCUGUGAGGAGCGGAGCCAGCAAAAAGUUACUAGAUUUUUAAAAAUCACUGUUAACCUCAAAAGUCAUUUAGGCUGUGUAAGGCUGCGGAAAGUUCAGAUAGUAUGUAUGUUUUGUAGAAGUUGAGCCAUAGGAUUGCACAGAGGUGGGAGGGCUGGCAAGCCAGAGAAAGAAAGAAGGAGACAGGAGGGAAGGGUUGUGCGAUGGAAAGAGGUUUGCUGUAUAUCCAUGUUUUGGGGCUGUAAACGGAUGAGAUCAUAAGUGUUUUCAAGCAAGCAGCAAGGGGAAGAUUUGAAGAAAAGAAGGAAGAGAGACAUGGAGCAAGCUAGCAAAUUCCUUUUGGCUCUCUUGCUGGUUCUCCAGGAAGCUGCUGUUCAUCCAUAUUCUGUCCCAGGUGAUGCAUCUAAUCUGGAAAGUAUGGUGGUGUCCGUAGUAAACAUCACCGCCAAGGAAGGUUCCCGGACGGUUCUCACUUGCAAGAGCUACCGGAUGGUCUGGACUCAGGACAACCUGAACGAUCGCCAACGGGUGGUUCAUUGGGAUCUCUACAGAAGCCAGCAGGCUGUGGAGAGGCUGUGCGACAUGUACUCUGCCGGGGAUCGGCGGGUCUACCACACCUACAACCAGGGGCGGAUCUCCAUGCCCAAUAACGCAUUUACGGAAGGCAACUUUUCAUUGAUGGUCCAAGAUGUUACUGAGAGCGACCAAGGAAUUUAUUCCUGUAACCUCCACCACCAUUAUUGCCAUCUGUAUGAAACGGUGCAGCUGCAGCUUGAGGUCACGGAAGAAGCCGGGGAAGUCCUGAAUUACUGGGAUGGAGAGAAAGAGGUGAUUGUUGCCCUGAAAGGGAGCGCGGUGAUACUUCCUUGCAUCAACCGGAACCAGAUUUGGACCGGACGAGAUGAAGAGGAGGAUCAACAAGUCGUCCACUGGGACAGGCAGCCCCCAGGGGUGCCUCACGACCGGGCCGAUCGGCUCAUUGACCUGUAUGCCUCUGGCGAGGGCCGUUUGUACGGGCCUUUCUUCCUCCGGAAAAAGAUGAACAUCACCGAGAAGGCCUUCGCCCUGGGCGACUUCUCACUGCGGAUCUCAUCUUUGGAGGCCGCGGAUGAAGGGAUCUACUCCUGUCACCUGCACCACCACUACUGCGGCCUCCACGAACGGAGGAUCUUCCAGGUCUCAGUGGUGGAGCCAGAAGAGGAGAAAAAAGUGGUGGUGAAUCUCACGCGCCCCAAUCCCCCAGCAGCACCAGAUCCUAACUCGGGCCGGAACCACAAUGUGAUCAAUGUCAUUAUCCCCGAGACCCGGGCUCAUUUCUUCCACCAGCUGGGUUAUGUUCUGGCCACUCUCCUGCUCUUCAUCCUGCUCUUGAUCCUUGCAGUUCUCGUGACUCGCCAGCACCGCAGGAGAGGUUUUCAAUACAAUGUGAAAAAAUACGAUGAGAAAGAACUGAGUCUCAGGGAGGUUCCAUUUGAGGCCACAAAUUUGUCAAACUACAAAAGUGAAGAUUUUAAAUUGGAUUACAAAAACAAUAUCCUGAAGGACAAAGCUGAACAAAAUAGGAUUCUCCCUGCUAAGAAUAUUGACUUAGAUAAAGAAUUCAGGAAAGAAAAUUAUAAAUGAAAGCAACAACUCAAAGCUACUGGCUGGACCAGAAGCUCUCUUAAGAAUUUAAAAGUACAAGAGAACUUUGUUUUCCUUUUUUUUUUUAAACCUCAUCCUUCCAGUUACCAAGAAGUUUCUGUAGACUUUUUUUCCAACUUUGGGCCUAUGAAAGCAUACAAGACACGUAAGCUGUAAAUCCUAUGCACGCUCAUUUCAUAAGGUUUACUACCAGUUAAACAAGUAUAGGGCUGCCCUGUAAAACUUCCUCUUUAUUAUCUUAUAAUAUAUAUGAUUUUUUUAAGGGAGGGUGCAGGUCAGCUUCUUCGUUCUUUUAUCUUGUGAGAUUGCUUAUACUUCCCCCUCCCCCCUAAGGAUUUUACCCCUUUAAAUAGUUUUGUUUCGAUUGUAUUGAUGAUUUGAGAUUUUUUUUUAAUUGCUUAAAAAAUAAUAAGCUGAAAAAUUAGAUGCUUGUUUUGCUGUUAAACAAAGAACAGAGAGCAUAUUUUUUUCCUGGCACCAACGUUUAAAAUAUGGAGUUAGGAAAGCGAGGAAGAGGGGACCUUUCCCCACUACUGAGUUAAUGUGCUAUCCAUGUCUCCUUGAAUCAGGAGAAAAACAAUAUUUUCAUUAUUGGCAAGUUUUCUCCAGUUUUUCUUGCUCUGUUCUUAGUCGUUGCCUUCCAAGAUAAUGAGUAACAAAACCUAACAGAUUUUUAUACUCUGCAAGACUGCCAUUUGAGGAUGCCAAAAAUAAGGAGAAAAGAACUACAUUAAAAGUCUUACGAUGAAGGACAGCUAAGCCCGUUGCUUGGGGCUGAGAUGAAGGCAGCUCUGAGAGACAAGGAGGUAACUGCCGUUAUCAAGGUAUCAUUAUGUCAUGAUAAAAACAUAAGCGAUGAAAGGCCCGAAAAGAGCCUGACAAUCACAACAUGGACCAGGUUCUUAAGACACGUCGACGUUUGUAUCAUGGAGUACUCUUCAUCAGAAGCCUGCCUCAGUGUAUUUUUCUUCAAAAGGUUUGAGUCAGGAGUUCAAACCCAAUGGGUCGUCUUUUGAUAGUAGAGUCUGCUUAAGAGGUAUAUCUGGGCCCAAUCCCUGGAGUCUGAACCAACCAUAAAAUGACUUAGAAUGAACUUGCCAGUCUGGGAUUGCUGAAAUAAUAAGAACGUCCACUGUCGGAUCUAAAGUUUCUGUCUAUGCCUCUUCUUCCAAGCCUUCCUGACUGUUGGAUUGAAUCCUCUGUUAAGAAUAUGACCCCGUCCUUCCCAAUAUUUUGACUUCGGAAGCAACAGGGAUUUGAAAAGGAACCAGAAUUUCUUGUACGGAAGUGUUGGAAACCCACUGCAACUCGGUGGUGGCUAUGUUCCUCCCAGUUUCCUCUUGCCUCAUGGGAUUAUGACAGAUAAUCAUCCAUCUCCUGCUGCAUAAAGGAGACAAAAUGUAGGCUCCCAGGCAGGGGUGGGCUUCAAAAAUGUUAGCAAGGGGUUCUCUGCCCAGUUGCUGGGUGGGUGUGGGUGUGACCUAGUCAGCCUCCUGCACACAGUGGGGGGGACGGACGUUUUUGUCCUCCCCAGGCUCCAGAGGUUUUUUUCGAGCCUCCAGGAGGGUGAAAACAGCCUCCCCAGGCUCCGGAGGCUCUCUGGAAGCUGGAAACAGGCCCAUUUCCGGUCUUCGCAAACUUCCGGUAGGCUCGUUUUUCGCCUUCCCUGAGCCUUCGUGCACGCCCUGCACUUACCUGCAUCCAAAACAGGCUGCGUGGGGACUUCUGGGAAGGGAGGAGCAGGGUGGGCGGGGCCAGCCAGGAGUGGGAUUUAGGGGUUCUCCGAACUGCACAGAAUCUUAGCUAGAGGUUCUCCCGAACCCCCAGCAGCCCAUCCCUGGUCCCGUAGUUGGUUGUGAUCUUUGGACAUUGCAAGAGAUGAAAUGACAGGCUGUAUAUAUCCUGACUGAGUACAAGAACCCGUGUAAGAUCUCCCUGGAUGGGGAGGGGAGGCCUUUCAACAGAAAGAGGAUGCCUUGAUUCUAGAUUGCCAUCACUUAGCUGGAGAACGUAACAACUGACCUCCGGUGUCCCUCCAACUCAAGAUUCCUCAGUCUUCAUAGGUAUACCUACUGGUGAAAACGUAUUCAUUUCCCUGUAUUUAACCUCUGCUGAACUGAAGGAAAGGACACAACUUUUGAGUGAGUUGAGUUUGAGCUACUCAGAGUAAACAAGGUGCAGGAAACCUGUUAAACAGGCUAUUAGCAAAAAAAAAAAAAAAAGUGGGGGGAAACUAUCUUUGAUCAAUAUGUAUGCCUGGAAUAUUUUUCCUUAAAAUCACGAUGAUCUUUUGCAGUUAGGCAUGGUGAGAAGAACUCUUUAAAGAGGUAUUGCUAACAAGGACUACCUGAUCUGGCUAAUAAAACGCUAAACAAACUCACUGAUGUUUGGACAA